ACGCAGAAUGUAAAUGCAAAAUAGGGGAGAAAAAAUGAAAGGCCUAAUUUUGAAAGCCCAGAAGAGAGGUCCAUACGAACUAAAGUUUCUCAAUUUGAGCGCGUGCAGUGCAAUCGCUAAUCGCCUCCUUUCCCAUCGCUCUUCAACCGACGACAGUCAAACCACAAUCCUCGAAGAAUCCGCCAUGAACGAUCACGACCACCGUAGCCGUUACGAUGCAAGGCUGACCCGCCUCCGCACGACGACGGAGAUCCUCCGCCAAACUACGUCGUCCUUCACCUCCCACCGUCUCACCUUCUUCUUCCUCACCUUCCUCCUCUUCUCCUUCCGCUCCCUCGUCGACCAUUGCUCCCUCCUCCUCACCUCCUUCAUCGACCGCGACCCUGCCCUCCACUCCCUCCUCACGCGCCUCUCUCUCCACCAUUCUCCCCACGCGUCCUCCACGCGCCUCCGCCGUCCCCCUUUUCUCCACCUCACUCGUAUCGGCACCCUCGAAGACGACUUCUUCUCCACCGACGACGACCGCCGAUACCUCCACGGCUUCCCGGUCAAUGGCACCUCCGUAUUUCUCUCCGGGUUCGAGGGUAUUUCUGGGUUUUCUCACCCCAUUGCCGACAACGGCCUCUUCAUCCCUCAGAUCGUCCGACCGGGCGUCGUUUUCCGCCAGUCGUCUUCGGUGGACGAUCAUGGCGGCGAGAAGGAGAUGAAGUACGAUGAAUCUGAGCGCGAUCGCGACAAUAACGAAGAGUAUCGCGGCGAGAAGAACGAGAAGGAAUUCGAGAGUAUUGUUGACCUGAGGCUGCUUAUUAGAGGGUUGGAGCUGGGUCGCCGAGACGCCGUUGCUCUGUUCUUCCUGGUGAGUUUCCUCUCUGCUGCUUAUGGAUGGGUGAUUCUAGGGUUCACGACCGUAUACUCGUUGAUCGUAGCGAUUGUUUUUGUCACUGUGAUCAAUGACUUCAUUGGGAGGUUCUCUUCGUUCUUCCGGGUUGUCUGGACUGGUUCAAGAUUAGGGUUUAAGAGAGUUACAGGGUUCAUUUUGAUGAGAUGGACAGUGAGAGAUGCGUUGACACAGCUUCUGGGCUUGUGGUAUUUUGGAGAAAUCGAGAAUCAGUACUCGUUUUUCAGGCUCGUUGUGAGACUGAAGUUGAUGCCUUUCACCGUUAUGCCCCCAUGGAUUCGAGGUUUUGAGAAGGAGAUAUCUGGUUUCCUGUUCGCUUGGUUCCUACUUGAUGCGAUCAUCGGUUUGGUAUUAGCUGUCGAUGCUUAUGUUGCCAUUGUAGAUUCGAGGAGAAGGGGAAGGGAGAUAGUGAAGGAAGGUCUGUAUUUGAUAUCCCUCUUGUUGAAUCAAGCAGUGCAGCUAAAGUGUCUAGAAGCCAUACUCUGUGGGUCUUUUUUCAGAUGGGUUCUGAUUCGAGCUGUUGGGAGAGGCUUUGCUGCUUUUUUCCAGUCGGCCAUGGAGGUUUACUUCACGGUGGCUUGGUUAGUGUUCUACUUAGCAGCUAGGAGUAAAGAUGCCCGUAUGGCAGGUAGAAGAUUUGGGAGAAGAGAAUUGGAAGGCUUGAUCAAUGGUUUGAGAUGAUAUUCAUCGUGUCGUAGGAUGAGUUUUUGGCUUCAAAGGAUUAGGUUUUCAUGCAUUGCUAGAACAAUUGUGUAUAUGUUGCUGCAGUUAUUGACAUAAAAAAGACAAUUGAGCAACCUGUCUUUUGAUGUUGCGAACAGAUCAGACCUUUUGAUGUGCUUCUCCACAUCAAAAUGGUGAAGCCAUGCUCAUUGAAUACAGAGCCUUAGAAGUUUCUAUAGACAAAGCCCUGGAAGUUGUUGCGAUAUUUUGUUGCAGUUCUAACAACAGCUGUGUCAGACAUGGGUUUCAAGUCAUUGCUCUUAGCAUUUGAGGCACCUCUUGUCAGAAGUUUCGCUUUCAAGAUCUCCGGCACAUGCAGAUCCUCUGAUGCUGAGGAGCACCAGCGCAACGGACAACGUCGAGGAAUGUGUUUUCAUCACAUGGAAUCCAUAGUUUGGAGU